UGAGUUUGCUUUGGGAGGCUGUGCUGGGACUUCAGAGGGGUGCCUGGGUUACUUAGAUGGGGUUUGUGAUAGGAACCUGGAGGGUAGAGAGUCUAGGCUCUAGGGCCAAUAUUGGGGCCUCUUUACCUUGUCCUACUGAAGCUGAGGCCUUCUCAUUCUCCAGCUGAAGAGAGGUCACCUGGCCAGCAGACUCCAUGGUGGUCCUCGGUAGCAUGGGAGAGCAUCUGCAGACAACUGUCUGUUACCUGUAAACAGUUCAGUGGUGAGUUGGAAAGACAAGGCUGCAGGCACUAGUGUCAUGCAAAAUCUGUAUCCUCCUGACAGGCCUCCUGAUAAUUUUUUGGAAGCAAUGGAGCAGAAGACAAUUAUGGGGCUGAUUUUAAGUUCCCCACCCUAUACCAACCAGCUGCCAUGGCUGGGGACCAUGAUGCUAGCACUGAGAGCUAGCAUCCAGCUUAAGAAAGAAUUUCAUUCGUUCACCAUGAUUAAAUUCAAACAAAUGUUUUAAAGUGCAUGAAAAGAAAAUAAAGUAUAAAAAGAAUAAAGCAAUUUGUUUCAAAAAGACAGUCUGAAAUGGUAAUCCACAUGUGGUGGAAACAGAACAGCUGAAAAUAAAGCUACAUAUCAGUGAGUGAACUGUGACACACACUGGUUCUUUAAGGAAUGCAGGCGGGAGGAGGCUUUCUGAGCAGUGUACAUGUGAUGAUGUCAUUGUGUUGGUGCAUGAGAACCAGGAAAUAGAAGUGGAGAAACCAUUUUUACUGUGCAAACAGAGUAACCAGCUAAAUUAACCCACAACUGAUCGAAAUGGAAACAGAUACAUUUGAUUUACAGUCAGAUUUCAGUUUGAAGCUUUGAAGAGGUUAUUCUUUACAAAGGCAUCCUUUCUUCGAUGCCAACAAAACAGUGAGAAAUUUAACUAUAUUCAAUAUCCAUCGCUGGUCACACAUAGCCGACAGACUUGGCUGAAGGAAGGAAGACGAUGCCCUUGGACCAACUGCAGAAGACAAUCCAUAACCCGGUUAUUCCAUAUACUGGGACAAUCCUUAGUGGUCUUCUUCCUGGAGAACUAGUUGUAAUACAGGGAAGUGUUCCUGAUGAUUCUGACAGGUUCCAGGUGGACUUCCAAUGUGGCAGUAGCACAAAACCUCGUGCUGAUGUGGCCUUUCACUUUAAUCCCCGCUUCAAAAAAUCGGGUUCCAUAAUCUGUAACACUCUGGAAAAAGAAAGAUGGGGUUGGGAGGAGAUCACUUAUGAGAUGCCUUUUCAAAAAGGGAAGCCAUUUAAGAUUGUCUUUAUGGUUUUGAAGGAUAAAUUCCAGGUGUCUGUAAAUGAAAAACAUUUGCUGCUGUACAACCACAGAGUUAACCUGGAAAGAAUAGAUACACUCGGGAUAUAUGGGAAAGUACAGAUUCAGACUAUAGUGUUUAUUUCUAAUAAUGAAGUAGUGCCUGAUGGUUCACAACUUAUGGUUCCUUACACUGCAAGGCUUAAUUCUGCACUUCAUCCUGGACAGACAGUUGUCAUCAAAGGAGAAGUGAAUAAAAACCCAAACAGCUUUGCUAUUAAUCUAAAAUCAAGUGACUCAAAGGAUAUUGCACUGCAUCUGAAUCCCCGAAUGAAAAGAAAAGUUUUCGUGAGAAAUUCCUAUCUUUGUGAUAGCUGGGGAGAAGAGGAAAAAGAUGUCACUAAUUUCCCUUUCAGCCCAGGAAUGUACUUUGAGUUGUUAAUUUUCUGUGAUGUUCAUCAGUACAAGGUUGCUAUAAAUGGUGUGCACAUCCUGGAGUACAAGCAUCGAUUUAAACAACUUGAAAAGAUCAACGUAUUGGAGGUUACUGGAGACAUUCAGUUACUGGAUGUGAGGAGCUUGUAGCAUCAUAUUCUUCCACCCUCUGUUACCUUCUACUCAGUACAAACUGGUAUUGAAUAGCCCAGAUCCUUGUCUCAUUUAUCCAAGUUUCUGUAUUGGUGCUUAUCACAAAGUUGAGACCCAGGAGUCAAUAUCCUAUUAGAUUAUAUCUUCCCCAGUUUUCAGUAUUUUGGCAAACUAAAGUCACAUUAUCUGCUUCAGUAGGCAUAGAUCUCCUGUUAUAUGAAGAAUUCGAUUACUGUACCUAGCAAUAUAAAGAUUUGCUUUAUAGUAUUAGAAUAAUUGCAAAAUAUUUUCUAAAUUAGAACACAGAAGGUUGUACUAUGGAAUGCUAAUAACUAUAAAUUCAAUAUUGUCUGUUGAUAAGAGCUGGACUGAAAUAUGAUCUGUGUCUGAAAAUGGACUGUCCACCUCUUGAGAUCUAAUCAAGUUCUAGGUAUAUUUUAAGCCUUAUUGUUUAUAUGCAAAGUUAAAUGGGAAUUAUAUAAGGAAAGAAGGUAUUCUAAUUUUAGGGAGAGCACAUCUGCAGUCUCAUUGCUUUACUCUGGUUUUUAU